AUGGCGACCGGUCAGCGGAAGCUUCUCCUCAUCACAAUCGACUGCUUCUCUAAGUUGGUGGAAGCCGAGCCGCUUGCAAGAAUCACCGAGCAGCUGGCAGUUUCCGGUCAGAGGCUCAAAGAGUGGUGCGAGGGCUAUGGCAUCCAGCAAGCCUUCACCUCUGUGGCCUACCCCCAGGGCAACGGGCAAGACGAAGUCACCAAUUGGGAGAACCUCAGUGUCUUACGCACUCGGCUCAACCAUGUUGAAGGCAGUUGGGUCGACGAGCUCCCCACUAUGCUGUGGGCUCUUCACACGACUCUAAAGGAGGUGGCCGGCGUGACCCCAUUCCAUUUGGUAUAUGACGGAGAGGCAGCCAUCCCCGUGGAGGUCGGAAUAGAUUCCGAUCAGGUGCAACUCUACGACAAAGGAAACGCCGAACGAAGGCUCAUGGAGCUCGACUUAGUGGACAAAAUGUGGGGAAAAGCAGUGGUUUGUCUAACGGCGUACCGACAAUGA